UUGCAAUUUUUCAACGAUAAUGAAUCUUCCAUGCAUACUAGCUUAUGGUUCUUUUGUACUCUUGUUCUGCACUUUAGAGACUUCAGGUGCUAAAUAUGAACCUAACUGGGCAUCUCUUGAUUCGCGUCCCCUCCCCGCGUGGUACGACAAAUCGAAAAUAGGAAUCUUCAUUCACUGGGGGGUGUUUUCUGUUCCCAGUUACUCAUCAGAGUGGUUCUGGUAUGCAUGGAAGGGUCAGAAGAUACCCGGAGUUGUGGAUUUUAUGCAGAAAAAUUAUCCACCAGAUUUCACCUAUGCUGACUUUGCCCCUAUGUUUACUGCUGAGUUCUACAAUUCUGACCAGUGGGCGGAAAUACUCAAAGCGUCAGGCGCUAAGUACAUAGUGUUUGUAAGCAAGCACCAUGAGGGAUUCUGUAACUGGCCAUCCAAGUAUUCCUUCAACUGGAACUCUGGUGACGUUGGACCCAACAGGGACAUUGUUGGUGAAUUGGCCAACUCUAUAAGGAGCAAGACUGAUAUACAUUUUGGUUUGUAUCACUCUUUGUUUGAGUGGUAUCAUCCCCUGUAUGAAAAAGACAAGGCUAACAACUAUACAACACAAGACUUUGUUAGGACAAAGACAAUGCCCGAGCUGUAUGAAAUCGUAAACAAGUACAAGCCGGACGUAGUGUGGUCUGACGGAGACUGGGAGACGACGGACGAAUACUGGAACGCCACCCAGUUCCUUGCCUGGUUAUACAAUGAAAGUCCAGUUAAAGAUACAGUAGCUGUCAAUGACCGAUGGGGAAAGAAUAUUCGCUGUAAACAUGGCGGAUUCUUGAACUGUGAUGACAAAUAUAACCCAGGUGUGCUUCAGAAAAGGAAAUGGGAGAAUGCAAUGACCAUCGAUAAGUUUUCCUGGGGAUACCGGCGGAGAGCCAACAUUAACGACUACCUCACCCUGAAGGACAUCACCAAGGUCAUUGCUACAACGGUCAGUUGUGGGGGAAAUGUCUUGAUUAAUAUAGGACCUACACAUGAUGGAAGGAUAGCCCCCGUGUUUGAGGAGCGUCUGAAAGAGAUGGGUCAGUGGCUGGGAGUGAAUGGGGAGGCUAUCUACGAGUCCAUCCCAUGGAGCCACCAGAAUGACACCACUACUCCUGAUGUCUGGUACACAGCAAAGAAGACAGAUCAAGGUACAGCAGUGUAUGCCAUCGUUCUGACCUGGCCCAAGGCGAACCAGCUAGUGCUAGGGGCACCUUCCACCUCCACGACAACCGUGGUGAGCAUGCUGGGAUACCCCGGCAACUUUAGUUGGAAGCCCAACCCUGGGGGAGGGAUGACCGUCCAGAUACCUGUAAUUCCAUUCGAUCAAAUUCCCAGUCAAGACGCCUGGGUGUUCAAGAUACAAGGACUUAAGAAUUAACAGUGCCUAUACUCUCUGAAAUGUGAUAUAUUUAGGGCUCGACUUGAUCUUUUCAAUGAUGAAGAUGCAAAGGUAUACAGAUUACCGGUACUACAUGUAAAAUCUUCUACUGUUAAAAAAGAAUGUUUCUAACAUAUAAUCGAAGCAACCAUGCAAUUUAUAUUAUAAAAUUUAAUCUUAAAAACCAGAUGUGCAAUUUUUUUUUUGCGGGAGUCAGUAGAAACUCAUUUGUGUAAAGUAUAAACUUGCUGUGAUUUUACAAGCAUACUUUUUUUUUAGCUCGUGACUUUUUAUAGUACGUACUAAUACAAUGUACAUGUAUUAUGUCCUUGUGUUGUGUAGACCCCUUUACUUUGUAUAUACACUGUAUCAGUAUGUGUGUGAAUCUGUGUUGUUAUUUUGAGAAAUUGCUGAAUUAAUUUAAUAUGUACAGUACAAUAUAUGUUAAACUAUAAUUGUAAUGUUUGAGUUCUGAAAAUUUGUCUCAAUAUAAAAUUCAUAUCCAUGGAGAUUAGAUUACCAACAUAAAUCUACAGAUGUUUCAUUUGAAAUGUACAGGUAUUCAUAAAUUUUUCAGUGUUGUGAAAGAUGAAUCAACUGCUAAUUAUACAUGUAUGAUAAUUAUUUGUAUUUUUUACUUUAAACUAACCGUGUAAGCUAAGAACUCUUCUCAUAUUAUUUCUUUGAAGAAGAGAGGAUGUAUCUUCAGUAUGUCUGUGUUGACUACUACAAAUAUUUGCAUUUUGAACCAUUGAUCUACAUGCUCUUUAUGCCAAGUUCAUGUACAUUAUAUUUAGUGAAUAUCAGAGUUUAUUUUUUUUUAAAAUCCUUUAGAGUUUGUACCUUUCACUUCAAUUGUGUUAUCAGCUCAAUUCAUCUGUAGGGUAAUUUGAUAUGGUGUUCAAAACAUGAUAAGGAGAACCGUAAGUGUAUAUGCAUACAAUGCAUAAAGAUGUUUUAUUUGUUUGCUGUUAACAAAUUUUUUAAGUUGACCUAAUUUGCUGUUUUAACUACUCUGUCAGAUUUGGUGUUUGUAUAGCACAGACUAAAUAGGGACACUUCAAAGUACAUUAACAGUUGAAUAUGCUUUGUUUUGAAAGAUCAAGAGAAAGCAAACUUGAACAUUCCAAUGAUAGAUAUAUACAUUUUAUAAAAUAUUUGAUAAUUUACAAUAAAGGAUGUAAACCAACCAAAAUAA